AGGCUGAAUAGCAAUGGCUUCCUUCAGCAACUUGACUAUUGGCAUUGCUCUUGCCAGUUUCACCAUAUUUCAGCUCCUGUUCCAUGUUUUAAGUUCUUGGGUGUCAACACGAGUAUCACCUGGUUUUAACAAGCUCAGCCAAAAAAGGAAAAUCGAGUGGAAUUCAAGGACAGUGUCCACAUUCCACGCCUUGGUGGUUGGUGGGUUUUGCCUGUAUAUUUUGUUGUACGAUGAUGCUGUUAAUGCUGACCGUCUCUGGGGUGACCCUUCAAUUGUGAAAUUGAAUAUUGCCAUUACCACAGGCUACCUCAUUUCUGAUUUGGUACUUAUUAUUUACUACUGGAGGGCAAUUGGUGACAAAUUUUUUGUAAUACAUCACUUGGCAGCUCUGUAUGCUUACUAUUUUGUACUGAGCAAAGGUCUGUUGGCUUAUUUUGGAAACUUCCGUCUGCUUGCAGAGUUUUCCACUCCUUUUGUCAAUCAGCGGUGGUUUUUUGAAGUACUAGGAUAUCCCAAAUCUUCAAAGGCCAACAUCAUCAAUGGGGUGCUGAUGACAGUCGUGUUCUUCGUGGUGAGGAUUGCUGUCAUGCCUGUGUAUUACACCCAUGUCAUUUCUUCAUUUGGAACAGAGGCUUUCCAGAGAUUAGGAUUUGCAGCCCAGAGCGCCUGGAUUAUCUCAAGUGUUGUCCUGGAUGUUAUGAAUGUGAUGUGGAUGGUCAAAAUUGCAAAAGGAUGCUACAAAGUCAUUUGUCUUAUUGGACAGGAGGAAGCCAAAACACACAGAAAUGGAAAAUCUGCCUAGAAAUCAUAUGCAUAAAAUGAAAUUUCUGCUAUGAAAAUCAUUUAAGUUCACUAAAACAGUGCACAUUUCUGCCAUGGAAUGCUCCUCUUAAGGAAACAAGGUAUUACC